AUAUGAGUGUGGUCAUCUCAAACUGACUGAUGCCUCGCUGUUUACGCACCAUUCCACAGAUGUUACUUGCUGCAGGAAGACGUGCUCUUCUGAUACUGAUGCACGCUUCCUCUUCCGGAUUGUUGUUUGUAAUGAACGAAUCGUCCCGUGUUUUUGCACCCAAAUGAGUGUUUUAAUCGAUACCUGUAUCGGGAUAUACUCGUGUACGCUUUGGAUUAAAUCGCUAAAAUCAUUCUACACGCGCGCAACUGUUGGGCUUCACGCUUUUAAAUGAAACUUGUAAGAUUUAUGAACAAUCGUGCACCAUCUAAUAAGAGAUACCAACCAACAGAAUAUGAACAUGCUGCUAACUGUGCCACACAUGCGCUCUGGAUCAUUCCCAGCCUUUUGGGCGGAGUCUUGUUGUACUUCCUGUCUGAUGACCACUGGGAGGAGAUUUCAGCGUGGCUCUACGGGGCGGGGCUGUCAAGCCUUUUCAUCAUAUCCACCGUUUUCCAUACGGUCUCCUGGAAGAAAAGUCAUCUUCGGUCAGUUGAACACUGUUUCCACAUGUGCGACAGGAUGGUGAUCUACUUCUUCAUCGCUGCUUCAUACACACCUUGGCUGACACUGCGGGAGCUCGGCCCAUGGGCUGCCCACAUGCGUUGGGUUGUCUGGCUGAUGGCCUCUGGAGGAACUGCUUAUGUAUUUUUCUUUCAUGAGAGGUUCAAAGUUGUAGAGCUGAUCUGUUAUGUGGCAAUGGGUGUUUUUCCUGCCCUUGUCAUUCUUUCUAUGGCAGACAGGUCUGGUCUAUAUGAGCUGCUGAUUGGUGGAGGGUUUUAUUUGCUGGGCACAAUGUUCUUUAAAAGCGACGGAAUAGUUCCCUUUGCUCACGCUAUAUGGCACCUCUUUGUCGUAAUGGGGGCGAGCGUCCAUUACUAUGCCAUCUGGAAGUACCUGUACACACCUGUCAAUCAACCAACCAGUGCGGCCCGGUGACACAAAUGCACACACCCACCACAAAAUCAUUUAUUUGCGAGUUGAAUGUAUAACAGGAGAAACAGUAUUAUUUUUUGGAAAUACCUUUUUUUCUUUUUGACUGAUGUAAUUCUUGUCACUUAUUAUUAGGUCUAUAACUAGCACACACCACUAGCCAACUAGCCUUUGUGAGACUACAGACAGCAGGGGUCAUUUUGGACCUGACGCCAUUUUCAAUCCAGAGUGAUAAAGGAUCCAGAAAAUCUACUGAAAAAUUCUAAGUUUACACGAUUUUUAGAGGUAAAAUCACUGCCACAUAUUUGUGAAAGCACUCAUCCUCGACAGCAGUUACUUGACUACAGUUUGAAAAGGGAUUUCUGUAGUAUUAUUAAACCUGUGACUUAGAUUACAUACCUUCUGCCACUGCCAA